UUGGUUCGACACAUGGUAUUUUAGGCUACAUUACACAUUUUUUCCAAUUAAUCAAAACUGCAAUAUAAAUAAUACAAUAAAAUAUUUUCCCUUCUCAGAAAACUUAACGGAACUCAAUAGUAGAAAAAAAAUGUUAAUUUAAAAAAUCGGAUUUUAAAAUCUGUAGUUUCGUGAGUGCAUUCGGCGGGUGAGUUGACGACCAAAUCUGGUUAAAUGAUACAAAAAAACAUGCACAGCACACAUAGUUACGCUACAAGUAGACUUCUAUGAUUAAAACGUGAAGACCAUGUUCAGUAUGCAGGCUGCGUUUUUGGCACUGCCUGAAUUUGUAUUUUGGUGAAGCACUGUGUCUUUAAAAGUGCAAGGAUGAGUGUUGUCUGUUACUCUCGAAUCAGAGCCAUGUGACUAGCUCUUGACUAUUCUAUUGGUCAAAGGCACGUGUCUAGGAUACCGGAGUGUAACGUCACUGGGGGCUCGUAUUAAAAAUAAGAACAAAAAUCCGGAGUGAAAGUAUUUCAGGAGCAGUUAGGAGCCCCACUUCUCUGUCCUCAGAGUAGCCACUGACGUCCCGAUAGUUGUAUUGGGCAGAAAACAAAUAGCACCAAACUGGCAAGUUACGGUUCAUCAACCUUAAACAGAGAACAUUCCGUGAUUGGAAGGCGUAACUAUGUUUUUUCCUUUGUGUCCACGGUGCGCAAAGGCUUUUUCUUGUCGCUAAAGCUCACUGACAGAUUUUCUUGCUCAGUUUUGAAAUUUUCCUGAAGUGAACAAAGUGGACGGAGUCGCCCGUGGAGUGGGGUGCGACUGCCUGAGUGCGGGAGAGCGAUAAAGGGUUAAGGACGGAAAGUGGAAAGUGUGUCUCAGCAUGGAUGAGAAUGAGCAGAGCGCAAGAGACGCGGAGCAGCGAGGAGCGGCGGAUGAGUCCAACAGUGCCAUACGACCCCUUCUGCAAGCUCCAGGGAACCUGCAGCUCCCGCACCGCAUCACAAACUUCUUCAUCGACAACAUCCUGCGACCGGACUUUGGCCGCAAGAAAGAAGCGAACAUCACGCGCGAUGAGGGCAAUCUCGGCGCGCGAGAGAAUCACAACCCUACGGGUCCUAGCACGGGACAGGUGGGAAGUACUGUGCCAGCAGAGGGGACUUCCACAACACACACGAGCAGCGGAGGAAAGAAGGCAGAGAUAGAGAGCGAAGAGCCCCUGAAGACCCGCGGGGAGAAUGUGGAUCAGUGCCUGGGUUCAGAAUCGGAUAGUUCACAGUCCAAUUCAAGCGGUCAACUUAGCCAGCCUAUGCUCUGGCCCGCUUGGGUUUACUGCACACGAUACUCGGACAGACCGUCGUCAGGUAGUCCUAGAUCUCGCAAACCAAAGAAGAAAAACGCAAAUAAAGAGGACAAACGACCACGCACGGCCUUCACGGCGGAGCAGCUUCAGAGACUCAAGGCCGAGUUCCAGACCAACCGCUACCUGACCGAGCAGCGACGACAGAGUCUGGCGCAGGAGCUGGGACUCAACGAAUCCCAGAUCAAAAUCUGGUUCCAGAAUAAGCGGGCCAAAAUCAAAAAAGCCAGCGGUAGCAAGAACACUCUGGCAUUGCACCUGAUGGCGCAGGGACUGUACAACCAUAGCACCACGUCAAAAGAAGACAAAUCAGACAGUGACUGAGAUAGAA